UUCAACUUAUUUUAGCGCGCCAAGAUUGUGUCACUAUGUUGGCUAGAGUGUAUUGUGGGUGUUGGUCAACGGUGGGUGUUGAUGUCGUCUGUUGCACGUAUUUUGCGGCCAGUCACGACCUUCUGCCUGUAUGCGAGUGCCCGGAGUGGAAACGGAGCCCAAACGUGACCUGUUGCAAAUAAGAGACUGAAAUGCAUCUAGUUAUCAGUCAUCAUCUCGCGAUAUUCAAUAUGUUUCGAGACGGAAAAGACAGCGAGCAAGCCUUGCUAGGCUGGAGUAUGUUGGAUCACGACGACAGUGCCAAUGACAUCUACGAUUUCGACGAGUAUUCGAGCUCGUCACGGCGCUUACCUGAAGAUGUGCAUUCAGAUGUUGUUCAUGCGUCUCAAUCUGCUGAUGUGCACUUCUUCGGAGAGAGGAAACGAGAUUUGCAAACCUGUACGGUGUCAGCGUUACGAUUGUCGGAAGCAAGAGCGGAACCGACUGGCGACCCUGCGACACCACAAAAGCUACCGAGCGACAUGCGCCACUUAAUUCCGAAUACCUUGGCAAGCGCUUCAUGGGACACUGGCCUCGAAACUAAUACUUGGAGAUCGUGUUUCGUAAACGAUAGGACGCAAAGCAGCAGUAUAUGCGGCAGAUCGGCACGCAGAAGGCGAAAGACCUGCAAUUUUCAAGGUAACCAGUGCGUGAUUGAUGAAAGUAGCAGCGACGAUUCCGUAGAAGACAGCAGUCAUAAACAGGAUAGGGCUACGCGAGCCCGUAUGGCCAUCGACGAAAUAACCGAAGACGAAAUAAACAGCUCAGCUGACGCAGAACCAACAAGACUACAACCGUUGUGCGCAGGAUCGCCGAUUUCACAAAGCGCUGUUCAGUCUGCUUCCAAUGUUUGUGAUGCACAGUUCAGCAGUAUCGAAAGCCCUGCGCCGAGGCAGUUCGCUUUGAAAAAUGGAUUUGAAGAGCGUCUUUUGGUCUCCAGGCAGAAGGAGAGCGCGGACUUGACGCUUUGGAAAUUCUACAAGGAAAAUGCUAACUUUCCAAAAACAUUUUCUCGUGAUGCUCCUGAAACAGUUACGGCGAGGAUACUUACCUUAGAAAACGUUUAUGGCAUCGCCUACUGUGCCUGUGAGGUUGAUAGCCUCACACAUGACAUUUCAAACGUGUGCCUUACACUUCCAUUGGAAAUAGCCAAGCGCGAAAAGCUUGACCAUGGUGCCGUCGUACGUAUUUAUCCUCCGUGGAGAGAGCACACGCUUUUAACUUAUCCCGAAAAAAUAAUUUCGGGUGUGCAAUGUUUCGAAGUUCUGGAAAGACAUUAGCUGUACAGUAUAGAUUUAAAAAUGAAAGGUGUUGCUGCCAUUAAUGUAUAGUUUUAAGGAGACAUUAUUAUUUAUGUGCCUUGGUAAAAGUUUCUGUAAUGCCAAAGUCUCAUUGUCGACAGGCUUAAUACGGCCCUGUUUUAAGUUUGCUUCGUUAUUACAGAAGAGCUUUUAUAGCACUGAGCAGUUCUCAAUUUUAGAGCCAAGCUUUCUUUGCCUAGCCCUCCUUGGUUUGGUGUAUGUUCUGCAAGUAAUGUUGCUGACCAACAAGUAGCGAGUCCACCCGUUCUGUGCCAUCCAACCUUUAAAUAAUGAAAUAAAAUGUAUAUAUAGCGUUGGCUCAUACAUAUCUCUAAAGCACACAUACUUCUCAAUGGAAUUGUGCACAAUAUUAAAUGUCUUGUUUGAUGUGCUUAUAUGUAGACUACCCGUUUGUUAGUCAAUUAGGUAUGUGCCACCAGAUGCUUCGACCUAUAUAGCACAACAUUUUGACCGACUAAGUAGUUUGAGUGAGUGCCUUUCUGUGUAAUUGCACAAUACAUCACGACAAAGGCUAUGCCAUAAUCUUGGCUCAUGCAUACCUCUAAAGCAGCCGCAUCUCUUAAUGGAAUAGCACAAUAUUCAAUGGCUUCUUUGAUUUUCUUGUAUUUGGUCUGCCCCACUUUCAGGCCACUGGGUACGUGCCACUGUACCCAUUCUUGGACAAUCCCCCAGAAAGAUUAUGGGCCGCUGUGACACAAGGGGUAUAGAAGCCUUAUUUGAGACACCUGUCAUACGUUUCUCUGGUACUCGCCUCUCAACAUUUUUUUCUUCACAAGCACUUUGCAUCGUUUUCUUCCUUGUGACACAAGAGCACUAAUAUCUACAGGUGACAAUGCUGUGCGUGACCUCCACUAGUGCUACUACCUCGCUAACUUAAACAAGCUUUGUGUCAGCUCUUCUUUCAAUAGCAGUCUUAACUUUUAUAUGAUGAAUAGUUUGCUGAUCACAACCCCAUUCUGCAGCCCUUGGUUUACACUGUCGUGCCAAGCUUACUUCAUUUGGAUAUAUCUUAUAAAGGAAAUAAAAGCACUUGAAAGCCAGGGUUUUAAGGAAAAAAAAAACUUUCAGCUCGCUGAGCACGAGUUGAUGGGCUAGUUGAUUUGACAUACUAAGGCAACAGCACAGGAAAGACAAAGAACACAAGAACGUAAAAGUGAUGCCACAAACACUGAACCGAUUUUAUUGCUGGUGAACCACAAUCUGUAUAUACAGAACAUACUUGUGGUAAGCAUGGAAAAAAAGCAGCAUCACAAACAAAUAUAUGUUAUGAUUGUCAUAGUCUAUUGCAGCAUGCAGUCAACUUCUAUAACUGCACAGAAAUUCAAGUUUAUUGUGUGAAGCAGUAUGCAGAAUAAACAUGAAAAUUGGUACGAAAACAGCUUCGUCUGCAUUUUACAAAAGCAAAAAAAUGGCACAGACACCUUAAUCUUGUAGCCUUAAGAUUUUUUCGGUUUCUAAAAUUUUGCACAUAGCUAGUUUUUUGCUAGCGUCUACUCACUAUCCUUGCCUUAUAAAAUUCUGGGAUACAGCCACAGUCCCUGCAGUGGAAGGCUAAAUGCCCUGAAACGGCUCUUAUCUCCCCUGAGUUUCUUGAGACAACAGCUUGUUUGUCCUACAUACAUUUUUUUUUUUUCAUGACAGUAGAAUUGAAUAAAAUAUUUUAACAGCUGAUGCUGUGUGCAGCCUUGGGCUUAUGGGAGAGGCAAUGCAUGUACGGGAUAACCUUCUUUUUUCUUUUCCUGAAACUUCAGUUUUACAGCUGUCAGUUUUUUGUACACUUCAGGAAGUUGUUUUAAUGUAAAUACAAUAUAGAGCAUGCUAUUUCAGGGCAUUGUCUUCCACUGCAGUGACUGUGGAUGAGAGUUUGAAAAGACUGAUUGUGAGUGGAAGCCAGAAUAAAAUUAUGUAUGAAACUUUAGAAGCUGCAAAAAUCUUGAGGUUGCUGGACACUUGUGUCGGCACCCCUUCACUAGUACAUUUGCAAAAAACUUAAAUUCCUACGCAGUUAUAAAAUUGAUGUAUUGUAAGAGACUAUAAAACUUUUUGUAUUCAUGCUGCUGCUUUUUUAUUUUCCAUGCUCACCACAAUGAUAUUAUGUACCUAUCACGUCGAUUCAUCAGCAAUAAAACUUGGUUGUUAGUUCA